AUGGCUAAAAAUACAGCAGUAUUCAAUGUAGGAGGUACACGUUUCGAAAUAAACAUAGACCUCAUAAAACAGUACCCAAACAGUCGCCUCGCUCAAAUAAUAUCACAACAAACUUCCAGCAUUUAUGCUUCUAAUGACCUCAACAUUGUUGGCAUAUACAAUGACCCAAGCUUUCCCUCGCUUCUUCCACCAAAACCGGAAAUAUUUUUAGAUCAUAACCCAUUGGCAUUCGGUGUAAUAUUAGACUACUUGCGUUAUAAACGGUUAAUGGUCCCGAGGAAUGUGGCAAGAGAAGUUGUAGAGUUGCAGUUGCAAGAAUUUGGAAUACCUUAUGAGAGUUUGAGUGAAGAGGGCGUUACGUAUAGUACUAAUGGCCGGAACGGAGACGAUCUACCUUCAUACGAAUCUGUUGUUAGUGUAAUCUCGCCUCCUGUUAAAGACGAAAAGACACAUUCUUUAAAAGACACGGUGGAAAUAGUUGCACGGAAAAGACUUGAUGCAAUGAUUCAAGAUAUAAUUCUACCUUGUCUGAGACAUCAUGCUAAACGCGGUCACCAACAAGUAGCAUUCUAUUUAACACCACAUGAUGUAACACCACAAACUAUCGCCAGUAAUCUCACUUAUUUAUCAGGUCUUCACGAAUGGAUUCAUUUGCCAAAUUCAUCAAGUCAUAGUAGCAGUUCGUAUCGUUCACUUAGUAGUUUUGGAUCUUCAUCUUCAUCUUCGUUAAUUCAAGAUGAAGAUACACUUCCAGAUCUUCGAUUUUUGCUACAAAAAGAUACACUUGAGAGAUUUGAAAAUUUGGUAAAACAAAGAUCCGGCGUAAAGAAAGUGGACGCUAAAGAAGUGGAAGUUAGCGUGAGAACGGAAAAUGAGUUUGGUUUGAUAUUUACAAAGUCUUUUAAUAUUUUGGAAGUUUGCGUGCAAAUUGUUUAG